AUGCUGCGACAAAUAAAACAAGGCGGAGAGUUUUGUGCUGCACAGUCACAACGUCCUGGCGAGAACGUCAACUUCAGUGGAUGUAGAGCAAUAGUCGUUCCGUUCAACAUUCGUUUGUCCCUCUGUAACAUCAGAGGACAUUCUUAUAGUUUGGAAAAAUUUGAACUCACCCUACUUGUAGACAAUUUU